AUGUCGAAGCCAAGUCCCUCGCGAUGGCGGAAAGCAGCGAACUUCUGGACCAGCAAGACGGGCAUCGAUUGGCAAAACUACAAGCUCAUCUUCAAAGACACUCUACCACCAGUCAUCACGCUCGCGGCCAACCAAGCACCUGCAUGGGCGAGCGUCUUCGGCUCUCUUGGAUACCUCGUCCCCUUGGUCUCGAUCAUCUCCCAUCCCUCCCCACCGCGCGCUGAGUUCCUAUGGAUAUGGGUGACCAACAUCCUCGGAUCUUGCGUCUCGGCGGCCGUCACGGCGCUGGCGAUGUUCUGUGUGAUCAAAGGACGAGAGCAGUCAGGAGGAGGCCGCCCGGACGAUACGGAUGUACCGUAUAAUGCGGUAGCAAGCACUGUGGCUGCGAUUUGGCUGAUUGUCCAGGUCUACAUCACCAGUGCGAUUCGUUAUAGGUAUCCUUGGACGAUCUGGAUGACUUCGGCUUGCCUGAUCUUCUCGAACUACGGCAUGGUCUAUGUGACUCAGUUUCCGAAUAUGGCUGCGGCUUUUGGGUUCCUUCGACAGCUGCUGUUCGCCCAUCUGGUGGCUUUUGGAGUCAGCGCAGGUGUGUCGCUGUGUGUGUUUCCGAGUAAUAGUGGAGAACCGUUCUACAAGACUGCUUUGGCAUGUGCAGAGGAGAUGCGAGAAGCCUUGAACAGCAAUCUCGCGUUGAUGGAGCACACUGCUCGGAGUACUGGCACAGAAGUACCGCCGGAGCUCGACUCUGCCAGGAAGCAGCACAAGGGGAAGCUGGACUCCUUACAGACGAAGCUACUCGCACAGUUGAGACAUGCCCAGAACGAGGUGGCAUGGGGGAGGCUUGGUACUGCGGAUCUGCGCACGUUGAGGCGCCUGCUGGAAGACAUCAUGAUCCCGUUGAUCGGGCUGUGCCAAGUUCCGGACGUCAUGGAACGGACGCUGGACGACGAGAACGGCGAGAGAGAUAGCCAACGCAGUUCAGAUCAGUAUCGAGAGCUUUUGGGCUCUGUCAUUGAGCCCUUUUCCAAGGCCUCUGCGGCGGCUGAUGCGGGUCUGGAGUGUAGCAAGGCGACCAUCGGCGUGGACCUUCGAAAUCACGUUCCCAAGGAUCCCAACGCAGACCAGGGGACUGCGGUCCAGUUGCUACAGCGGGCGAUGGACCUUCUUGUGGAGAGCAAGAGCAAUUUGCUUGACGCCUGGAGGGCCCAACAUGGCAGCAUCAGCAGCGACUCGACCAUCGAUGUCUCUGAAGAUCCGUGCUCCAAAGUCGAAGACUACGGUCAAAGCCGUAGCAACCUUCACAUGCUGCUCUAUACCCAGCUUCUUCUGUGGUCGAUAUGCCAUAGGGUGCAGCAGCUACUCUUCUGGAUUGAGCAGCUCAAAGCUUCGCAGACGUUGGAGAAGAGGCGGCUAAUCAAGCCUGAGUGGGCCAAUUUCAAGGCUCUUACAACCUUAUUGCAGCCGUGGAAGAGACGAGUGUCUGACGAUCAGGGCAACCGGUAUAGCAAGGACAAACCGCCGAAAGCUGGCUCAGAUAGUAUGCUCAGAAGGGUGCUGGCAGUCGGACUUCACCUCUACCAGAAGUCCACUCGUUUCUUCGCCUCCCCGGCCUCAGGAUUCGGCCUUCGCGUGACCUGCGCGACCAUGACCAUCGCCAUCGUUGCCUUUCUGCCCUCCUCGCAAGAUUUCUACAUCAAGCAGCACCUCGUAUGGGCGCAGUACACGAUUUCAUUCGCGAUGCAGGGCUCAGCCGGCCAAGGGGUCAGGGCACUCUGUUUUCGUGUUGCUGGCACCGUCGUGGCUGCCUGUCUCGCAUGGGUCUCGUAUUAUAUCGUGGUAGGGAUACCUGCUGGAGUAUUGGUAUUCUACUGGUUGAGUGUACAUUUUCCGAUGUACAUCAUGGCCCUGAAGCCGAGAUACUACACGGUUGGAACAGUCAGUGCCUUUGCUCUGACAACAAUUUUGGGGAACGCGCUGCAGCCUCAUGGCAGUGGACAAACUACCAUUGUUCUUGGCGCUAUCAGAUUACUCGCGAUUGUCGGUGGAUGCUUUCUGGCUUCAUUAUGGACCGUCUUUCCAUUCCCAGUCAGUGAGCUCGAUGGAGCGAGAAAGAGCUUGGGAGAUUGUUUCGCCUCGUUGGCGGAGUAUCACACAGGUUUCCAUGAGAUCGUCCGGGCACGGCUCAAAGAAGGCUUCGACCAGGAGAAGAGGAGCCCGAACCCUCGUUCGCAGGACCUGGAAGACAUGCACUCCCGACUCUUCGUGAAGUGCACUUCUCAUCUCCAGACCCUUCGCACCCAGCUCCGCCUCGCAAAAUGGAAUAUCCACAUGGACGGCGUGUCGUUCUCGAGGGCACAUUACGAAGCCGCGAGCAAGAAAGUCGAUGAUCUCGCAAGGAAUCUCCAACUCAUGACCUUUGCAUCAGGAGUCUUCAUCGACUUCGUCAACACCUGUCCUCCCACACCCACCCACCGAACCUCCCACUGGGUCCUCGACUUCCGCAACCUCUUCGACGCAGCACAGCACGAAGGCUUCGGCGUCGCCGCCCUCUUGAGCCUACUAUCAUACGCUGUUCGCAACGAGACAUCCCUCCCACCGAAGCUCGUCCCGCCGAACCCGGAGAGACUUUGGAAGAUUCUGGAUGAGCCGGAGAGGGUUGCUCAGCAGAUCACGCAGGUCGAUGAUCCUGGGGCGGCGACUUUUGCGUUGAUGAGGAUUGGGACGAAGGGGCCUGUAUAG